UCACUCGAUAAUUCUGCACCUCUAAGCCGGCUAAUAUUAGCAAGACUACAGUAGCAGCAUAUUUUGCGCACGCAAAUUGAUAAACUACGAGAGUUGAAAUACAAUUGAAUGGAACAUAUCGUGUACGACGACUGCUGGCAGUUAUUGCAGCGUUUUGGACGGAUCUCUGGCGAUGCCAAUGCCCAGUUCACGCUGUUCUGCCAAUGCUGGCACGAGAUGCAGAUGCAACACAUAUACUCAGCACAGACCAACCAGAUUGAGGUGAUUGAGACCACAUUGGCGGCGCUGCAUGUUGCCAAGCGAGUGGCAUGCGGACGACGAACCAAUGGGGAACCUUUUCAAGCGACGCGAGCUCAGCGCAUUGGCGGUCUAUACUUACUUUAUGUAAUUUAUCACAAGCAACCCACAAAACAUUUUGUUAAAAUUGAGGUUUCACCACGCACUUGGCAUUCGCUUGUUAGCUUUAUCGAGCAACUUCGUCUCACGUGCUUUGAGAACCCCGAUACGCAGCAAGUAAGUUUCAUUUUUUGGCAAUUGGCACAAGAAAACGCCUUUCUUUUCACGGCUCUUGACUAUUGCCAUGUGUUAGAUGCAUUUGCUGCUUAUGAUAGUUUGGAAGCCAUUCAAGAGGCUAGACAGCAAAAGGGCAGUAAUUACAAUGGACUCCAAAAACACCAAUUGAAGCCAAAUAUAGCUAAUCUCAACGAAGAGCUCCACGGUCUAACGGAAUUGGUGCCCAUUUGUAAACCGCUCUGUCAACUCGAAGAAUCUUACAACACACAGAUGAUACGCCAUCGCACUUCAUUUGGUCCCACAAAGAUCUUCAGUGAAAUUCAGGAUGUUUUCUUUAAAAUCAACGAACUAGUUCCUUCCGAAGAGAAGCCCAGCACUUCAAGUAUGGCAAAGAGUCAAAUAGAAAAAAGAAAUCAGGUGCGGCAAAAAGCAAUGUAUGGAGAGUCCAAAUCGAAGUUAAAUGACAACAUGGAUCAGUUAACUGAAGCUUAUAAGGAAGCACAUGAGCGUCGCAUGUCAUCGGCAACAGUUUUUGACCACAGAUUGCCAGACGAUGUGCUCAAAGAUCUGAAAUCUUGAUUUGCCGCUAAAACCGUGUGAUAAACAGAGUUUUAACUAUGCAAAUAAUAAUAAUAUUUAAUCAAUAGAAUGUAAAUAAAAAUGCAUACUAUGUAGUUUGCGCUCAAUGCGUUCCCCUUUUAACAUAUCGAACGGGUUAUCAUCUCAACAAUGUGCAGAGUUGUCGCCACAACACUAAUUAAGCGUAUUAUUGCGCAUUGAGAAGCUAUUCUUGCCACCAUUCAACUGUGGACAUCAACGUGACAUGCCCCGAGCCAAAAAUCAAAAGAAGCAGGCUGAACAGACGAAAGACAAAAUAACUGAUGGAAUGGCAGUGGAACAAUUUAAAUCCAAGAAAAAGGGAUAUCACAUGAACUGCAAAAAAUUUAUAAUGUCAUCUGAUAAUUUGGGGACGUUGAAUUAUGCCAGAAAAACAGAAGAAAAAAGAUAAAUAGUCGGGUGAUACGCUGGGCGGAGCAAAUAAAAAUAAUGCUUACAUGUAGAGACGGCAGAGUGGAACGUACUGUCUUGCUUGGAGAAAAAACUUAUAAGAUCAAGCGCAAAACUAGCAGCAAAAGCCGCAAUCUGGGUAUCUAUCCUAUAGAAUAUUUACUGACUUUGAUUAAAUUUGUAAUCACAAAUAGUAAAUAAGUAGCUAAUAAGCUGCCAAAUAGCAACAUCUAAACACGCAUCUCACAAGAAAAUUGACAGAGUCUUCACGAAACGUCCUCACACUUUUAUUGAUCAUGUGGUCUUUGGUAUGCUUCCUGAGGACAGUAAAAGCACGGAGACCGGUCCCAAAGUCAAAUUUGCAGCAAGCGUAGGCCCAUAGGAACAUGCCUUUACUAUUUCGGUAAGAAUUGGCUUGACCUCGGACAUUGGCUUUUGUCCAAGUGCUGUAUACGCAGAAACUUUGAGACAUGGAUUUAAAAUAAUGUAAUGGAAAAUACAUUAUCAGAUUGCAAAUUAACUUAUGUUCAAUAAAAAUCGUCCUUUUUGCGUGUACACUUGUUUCGA